CCGUGUGUGGAUUUUUAUAGUUCCCUCUUCUCAGCUGUCUCCUCACUGAAAGACAGGAACACUUGCCACCAUGAUGCUGAAGCUUUACUUUCUAGGCUUCCUCAUCAGGUCCUUCCUGACCAUCGGAAUAGAAACUCAGCCAGCCCAUGGAUCUCUGAAGCCUCGGAACGUCCAGUUUCAGUCCAGAAAUUUCCACAACAUUUUGCGAUGGCAGCCGGGGAGCUUCCUCACUAGGAAUGGCAGCAUCUACUUUGUGCAAUACAAAAUGUAUGGAGAGAGACAAUGGAAAAAUAAAACGGACUGCUGGGGGACUCCAGCGCUCUUCUGUGACCUGACCAAUGAAACCUUAAACCUGUAUGAGCCGUACUAUGGGAGGGUGAAGACAGCCCGGGCUGGGAGCUACUCCGCCUGGAGCAGGACACCCCGCUUCACCCCGUGGUGGGAAACAAAGCUGGACCCUCCCGCCGUGACUAUGGUCCAAGUUAAUGGAUCUUUGCUGGUGCUCCUCCGUGCCCCAGAGUUGCCGUACAGAGCCCAAAAUGGAAACAAUACAUCUAUGGAAAAUUACUACAACUUGGUAUACCGAGUUUUCAUAAUUGACAAUUUGCUAGAAAAGGAGCAAAAGGCCUAUGAAGGGACUCAGAGAAUUGUUCAAAUUGAAGGUCUGACACCUCGCUCCAGUUACUGCGUAAUGGCGGAAAUAUAUCAGCCCGUGUUAGGCAGAAAAAGUCCGAGAAGUGAACGGAGAUGUGUGUAGUUUCCAUGAGCCGGUCUGAGGCGCUCAGCAGUGCCGAAACCAAACGCAUAAUGAAGAUGGGACCGGUUUGUGCCUGCGACAGCUUGCUGGCUUCUGUUUCUGUUUUCUUAGAGCAAUGCCCACCCACACCUUCCCAGGGUUUCUUUGUCAAUACUUUCUUUUCUGUUUUAGUUACAAGGUGAAUUUGAGCAGAUUCAAAGAUUAGAAUUUAAAGAAGAGAAAGAGAUUACAGAGCUGUGAUAGGUUGUGUCUUUAAUUCCAGCAUAGGAGAGGCAGAGACAGGCAGAUCUCUGACUUUGGGGCCAACCUGGUCUCCUUAGAGAGUUACAGGCUAACCAGGGCUACAUAGUGAGACUCUGCCUCAGUAAGAUAAGAUAGAUAGAUAAAGAUCUUCUAUAAAACACAGAAGUUUAUUUCUGAAUAUAGCAACCCUAACAAUAACCUUUUUUUCUGUUAAAACCGCAAAAUAAAAAGAUCAGGUACCCUAAGGCUCAGAAAGUGGCCAGCUCCCCCUGACUUAAAUCUUUCUGUAGUUCCUUGAACUUAAGUUAUCUACUAGCAAGGAGACAUGCAUGAGAAAACAUCUGUGAUCAUCGUGAAAGAUGCUCUAAAAUCUAACUCCCAAAAUGACUGUCCAUGAUGAAUGGCCACAGGUCCUUCAAACUGUGGGAGAAAUGUGUAAAGCAACAUCUGGAGCAUUGGCCCUGCUGUUGUGUGUGAUCAGAAAACAUUGAUUUUUUUUUUCACUGCUAUUUUUGAACUAUUCAAUUUUUAUUUCUCUUUGUGCCUUAGUACCUUUUUUGUGCUUUUGUACCCGGGGAAGGGCAAUGACUUGAAAAGGAGCCCCAUCAGUGGGGCUCAGGAGCGUGCAGCAUGGUGGCAGCAUUUAGGCUGUGAACUUGGUCAUGGAUAAUAUAAGAGUUUGGUUUUGAUUUUGUUUUGCUUUGGGUUUGCCUUCAUACUGGAGCACAGCUAUGCUUAUGCAAGUGAGAAAUGCUUUGAGAAACGAUGCAAUUUUCACAUAACAUGAUCAUGUUAAGAACAUAUUGUUGUAUUACUUCAAUAAAUCUGACUUUGCACAUUGA